UCGUAGAAAAAUGAUCACUGUUCAGUCAGUUCAGACAGUUCAGUGAUUUUAGUCUAAUGUUUAAAAUUAAUUAGUCGUUUUCAGAACAUAUAUUGGAUUUGACAAUGAGCCGAAGCAAUGAUGAAGCCAGAACUUUAGUUCUGGGAAAAAUUUCAUUUUGUUGACGCAAAUUUUUGGUCUUUACAAAUUAACAAUUACGUCUGUGACUCUGUGUUUACUGUUUAAGUUGAGUUUUUAACCACUCCAAUUACUUCUUUUUGUCUUUAUAAGGGUAACUAGCAAAAAAAGACAGGACUUCGAAAGCUGCAAAUUACUCCGCCUACAAAUUGAAAUUUAGAUAGCUAGAAUGGAUGGGAGCAGUGAAGGUGAUGGAACAAGCAGCAUCACUUCCAAAGCAACCUCUCAUGAUCCAGAUGCCUUCAAGCCAUGGGUCAAGGAGAAGGUACUUGGCACUGGUGGCUUUGGCACUGUCACUCUCUGGAAGAAUGAAAAUUCUGGUGAAACAGUUGCUCUGAAGAAGUGUCGCUGGGGCAACACUGGCAGUCCUGCAUCCCCCGAGACACUUCUGAGCCCUGAACACAAGGAACGAUGGCAGAAGGAGGUGCAGAUCAUGCUCAGGCUUGAGCAUCCAUGUGUUGUGUCCUGUUUCCCUGUGCCAAGUGAGCUGGAGGGUGGACCUGGUGACCUGCCCAUAUUGUGUAUGGAGUACUGCAGUGGUGGAGACCUCAGGAAGCUGUUGAACCGACCAGAGAACUGCUGUGGUUUGCGUGAAGUCGUUGUUAGGAGUUGUCUCAAGGACCUGACUGAAGCAGUGGCAUAUCUGCAUUCCCAGCGCAUCAUACACAGAGAUCUUAAGCCUGAAAACAUCGUUCUUCAGGAGAAUGAAGGACAGACACGCUACAAGCUUAUUGAUCUCGGUUACGCCAAGGAACUGGAGUACACAAGCGUGUGUACGUCCUUUGUGGGAACCCUGCAGUACCUUGCUCCUGAGCUUUUCCUCAGCAAGAGGUACUCGUGCACCGUGGACUACUGGUCGCUGGGGCUGGUGGUGCAUGAGAUCGUCACAGGCGUGCGGCCCUUCCUGCCCAACAUGUCGCCUGUCGAGUGGAUGAAGAGAGUUCGUAGCAAGAAGUCAUGCCACAUCUGCGUGUACGAAGGCAGGAGCGGCGACAUCCACUUCUCAGAGCGCAUGUUCGACGAGAACCACAUCUCCAAGCCGCUCAAGAGCGGCUUGGAGGCUUGGCUGCAGCUCAUGCUGGAGUGGGAGCCGGCGAGGCGUGGUCAGGUGGAGGGCGCCAAGCCUGAUGACAAGAAGCAAGUGGUUGCCUUCACUCGUAUGGCAGCGCUGCUCAACAAGAAGAUCAUCGGCGUGUUGGUGGUGUGUGGCGUUACUAACGAGGAGGAUGACUGGCUGCUGUACGUGUUCAGCACUUGUGCCCUCACCCCCCAAGUUGCUCCCCACUUCCCAACCCUCGUGGAGGAGAUGCUGAGGUCUCCACGUGCUCUGGUGGAGCACGCGCUGCAGCGCCGCAUGUGGUGCCACUCGCUCUACUUCCUCUACAGGGAGAACAAGCUCCUCUCCGCUCUUAUAUCUGCUCAAAAAAUCGCAAUGCUGCACCUGCUGUCCCGGCACGCGGAGGUGACGCGAUGCGGGCAGCGCGUCUUGAACGACAUCGCCAAGCUGCAGGCGCGCCAUCAUCUCUUCAUGGAGGCUCUUAAUACCGACCUUGAUCACUACACCAGCCAGUCCCCUCAGGCCCGCGUCAGUGAGUGCACCAACCAGUUCCCCCAGGCCCGCGUCAGUGAGUACACCAGCCAGUCCCCUCAGGCCCGAGUCAGUGAGUACACCAGCCAGUCCCCCCAGGCCCGCGUCAGUGAGUGCACCAACCAGUUCCCCCAGCCCCGCGUCAGUGAGUACACCAGCCAGUCCCCUCAGGCCCGAGUCAGUGAGUACACCAGCCAGUCCCCCCAGGCCCGCGUCAGUGAGUACACCAGCCAGUCCCCCCAGGCCCGAGUCAGUGAGUACACCAGCCAGUCCCCCCAGGCCCGCGUCACGUCGGAGAAGGCGUAUGGGGCGUGGCGAGGCGGAGGCGAGGCGACGCUCUCUGCCGUACACGCGGCCGUGGACAAGACGCAGCGACUGGACGCCGCCCUCACAGCCCUCAACACCAAGGUUAUGGAGCUCAAUGGCUCCCCCUUCUCUUGCGCCAAGACUCCUACGGAUACGCUGGAUACCAUCGUGAGCAGCUGUGAGGAGCUGUACGUGUCACUGAGACGUCGCUCCCGCGACGAGCGCUCCCGCCCUCACGACAGCACCGCCAUGUGCAAGCUCCUCCUGCAGGCGCUCAGGAAGCGUGACAGACUUUAUCAGGACCUCUACACGCACAUAGAGAAGCAGUGGAGUUGUCUGAGCGAGGUGACCGCGCUGGCUGUGCCGCUAGAGGAGCUCUUGGCUGACAUCGCUCGAGCGGCCCAAACCAUCAGCAGCCUGCAGCAGCACCGACAGGACGAUAUCUGGAAAAUCAUGGCCAUUGUGGCGUCACACAGUCGAGGAAAUGUAGCUGGUGCCCCUGGUGGGGACCUGCCCAGGGCGCCAGCGCCCCCGCAGCCUCUGACUAACCUGGCUCUCCUGCUGGAGCAAAGCAGCGAGCAAACCGACAACAUCAUCGCCGAGAACCGCGCCCUGCGAUGCCAGAUGGUCGAGUUACUGUCGAGCAAUAUAUCGUCGACCCUGGUGGUGGUGGAUCCCAAGGCAGCAGCUGAGCAUCCUGCAUCUGAUCGGCACCUGACGACCGACGGCAACUCUGUCCUCACCAAACAACAACAACGAAGUGCUACUCAAAGUAAACAAAAUCCUCCUCCGCAGCCCGCAGCAGCUGCUGCUCCUGUCACCAAAACGGCUAUGCUGGAGGCUCGGCGCAGUUUUCCUGUUGAGACCGCCCUGUGACCGCAAUUUGUUCAUUUUAGUCAUGUGAAUCUCGUUGCAUUAACUCAGAGUGUUAUAACCUGACAAUGUUUUAUGUUCUGUUGAAUUUGUGUGUGCUAGUAAGUUGUUUUGUUUUUAUUUGCUGACUUAUGAGGUGCUAGAGCGAAGUACUGCUUUUAAAUACUUCAGCUGUCGGUCAAUAAAUUUUGUCGUAACUUGAGACUAUUUUAGCUACAUUGCGAAUGUUAAUGAUCUCUUUCAUCAUAUUACUUAAUUGUUAACAUUCAAACCUAAAAGAAUUAACCGUUUGGUUUGCAUGUUUAAACCACGCAAGUGAAAAUUGUAAUGGGCCAUUUAAUUGAAAAUUUUUAUAUUAUCAAAGAGUUUAUCAAAGAAGCUCACUCACUCUGACAGACUAGAGCAGGUGCUUCCUGUUGGUAUGAGUAAGGUAUACGUUACUUAGCAAUUAAAGACGUGGUAGAAUGCGACUACUCUGAUAUUAUUAUCGUUAUUAGAGCUAAAAGUUACUGUUCGAUAUUUGUUAUUGAAUCUUAAACUCGUCUAUUUUUACGGGUGGAAAUAGAGUAUAGUUAUUUGUCACGACUGUCCUGUGAUGACCAAGAAAUAAACAUCGUGCAAAUAAUGAGUAAGCGCAUGGUCUGAUGAGACAAUAAAGGUUGGCUUCUUUGAUACCAUUUUAGGAUUAAUUAUUCAUUUUCUUUUCUCUUGGUCGUUUGGGAUACUAACCUAUGCGUUCACCUUCGCUCAGAAGUGACGAUCAUCACCUUUUUCAAUUGGCCAAACUGGUAUGCAAGUGCAGCUUUAGUCAUUUUAUGGCGGAUGAGUAGGGAGUUCAGUGCACUACCUGCAAAGAAAGAGGGCCACAUAUCUCUUGUUUCUUAUUGACCGUUCACGGUCCGAUUACUUGCUUCCAAUUGUACCUGCCUGUUAAUGUAUUGAGCUGCGUCAUUUUGGGUUGAUAUCAAUAAAAAUAAUACUGAUUAUUAAUAUUUGGGGCUGUGUUGUGCUGACGCCUGAUCUAGCUUUACUCUGGCACGAUAUCCGACUCGAAAAGCUAAGCAGUUCGUCUGAACUUGUUUUGUCUGUAGUUACCGCUGGGUGUUUCAUGCUAACAAACUUACUAACAAUUAUGAGUAAGCUACUUAAAGAUCGUGUGUUCUAACUCUUCACAUAAACGCUCGCUUUUUGGUAGCAAACAGGUUGUUCCAUUUGGUCUAACAUUCUAACAAAUUGUCAGAAUAUUAUAUCAGUGCAACUUUGUAUUGUUCAUUACCAACGAGAUAUUUAUUGCAUAUAUAAUUCACUUUUUUUUUGACCAGAUAGACUGACAAUCAUUUAGUCGGCAAUAUAGAUAAAAAAUCUUCCUGUAGCGACGUUCUUUUUGUCCGACGAUCUUGGUCAUUCUUUUUACGUGUUGCAAAGAAGGGAUAUGCCGUCGACGUCUUGUUUUCAAAACUGGUUCGUUUUAAAUUAAUAUUCACACAGAUAAAACUUCAGUAAUUAUUGCCAAUUUUCCUACGUUAAACCACCCCAAUUUGCGUAUUUCAUUCUUUAUUACAAGCAUAACUUUUUCUUUUAGCCAGGGGGGUUGAAUGCUCCUUGCCGGUAACUUAAUUAGUUUUCGUUAUAGGAAAUCCCGUUUUCAUUAACUUUCGUUGUGAACUGAAAGUAUGUUCGUAGUUUUAAAUAUAAUAGCUAGCAGUCACAUAAGUGCCUUGAGAAUUUUUUUUAUUCGGUCAACUGAGAUUCGGUAACUUCCGAACUAAAACAUUACCAAUGCUAUUUGUAGCAGGCCUGAUAACGCGGGUUGACGUCAGCAGACUGUGGGAGUUUAAGGCAGUGGACAGAGUGUUAAGCGCCCAAUCUCGGGAAGUAAUGUGUGUUCCCAACUCGAAUGCCAAAAGCAUAUAGAUAUUAGCAUAAGAUUUUACGUGCCAAAAACGCAUUUAUAAGUUCCAACUAUCGUAAGCUUCAAAAGUGCAGUUUGGUAAGAUAAUGGAACACCUCGAAGCUUGCUUCAUGUACAGCGGUGAAGAUCUCUUGCACUCGCAAUGAAGCGUUGUACGAAACGCCCAUCUAGUCAAUAAAUCCAUCGAUUAUU